UUACCCCAAAUUCCUCGCCCCGGACCGUGUCUCAAGAUCAGGAUCCCAGCGGGGCUCGCGGGCGGGCCCGGGCUUGAGCGGGCUCGCUCCUCCCCUCCCCGCGUGGCCUCUUGGGAGUUGUAGUUCAGUCGUCGAAGAGCCGGGCCAAGUCCUUUCUCUUCCGCUUCCUCCCCGCCCCGGAUGAGUGCGCAGACUAGGGACCGCAGGCUGGGACUCAGAGCGCCGGACUACAAUUCCCAACGGACAGCCGCCCCCAUUGCGCAGUCCCAGGUGAUGCCAUGGAGACUGGAAAGCCUGGUCCGGUGCAGGUUGUUUUGGUUCAGAAAGACCAGCAUUCCUUUGAGCUAGAAGAGAAAGCUUUGGCCAGCAUUCUCUUGCAGGACCACAUCCGAGACCUUGAUGUGGUGGUGGUGUCCGUGGCUGGUGCCUUCCGGAAGGGCAAAUCCUUCUUUCUGGACUUUAUGCUACGAUACUUAUAUUUCCAGAAGGAAGGUGGCCGUUCAAAUUGGUUGGGUGACUCAGAAGAACCGUUAACAGGAUUUUCAUGGAGAGGGGGCUCUGACCCAGAAACCACUGGGAUUCAGAUCUGGAGUGAAGUUUUCACCGUGGAGAAGCCAGGUGGGAAGAAGGUUGCAGUUGUUCUGAUGGAUACCCAGGGGGCAUUUGACAGCCAGUCCACCGUGAAAGACUGUGCCACCAUCUUCGCUCUAAGCACCAUGACCAGUUCUGUGCAGAUUUAUAAUCUGUCCCAGAACAUUCAGGAAGAUGAUCUUCAGCAGCUACAGCUCUUCACAGAAUAUGGUCGUCUGGCAAUGGAUGAAAUUUUCCAAAAACCCUUCCAGACACUGAUGUUUUUGGUUCGAGACUGGAGUUUCCCCUAUGAAUACAGCUACGGACUACAGGGAGGAAUGUCCUUUUUGGAUAAGCGCCUGCAGGUAAAAGAACAUCAGCAUGAAGAAAUUCAGAAUGUCCGAAAUCACAUUCAUUCAUGCUUCUCCAACGUCACUUGCUUUCUCCUGCCGCAUCCAGGGCUCCAGGUGGCCACAAGCCCUGACUUUGAUGGGAAAUUGAAAGAUAUUGCCAGUGAGUUCAAAGAGCAGUUGCAGACCCUGAUUCCAUUUGUGUUAAACCCGGCUAAUUUAAUGGAAAAGGAGAUCAAUGGCUCAAAAGUCACCUGUCGGGGGCUAUUGGAGUAUUUUAAGGCAUAUAUUAAAAUUUACCAAGGAGAAGAUCUGCCUCAUCCCAAGUCCAUGCUUCAGGCCACUGCUGAAGCCAACAAUUUAGCAGCUGCGGCGUCUGCCAAAGACAUCUAUUACAACAGCAUGGAGGAGGUUUGUGGAGGAGAGAAACCUUAUUUGUCUCCAGACAUUCUAGAGGAGAAGCACUGUGAAUUCAAACAACUUGCUCUGGACCAUUUUAAGAAGACCAAGAAGAUGGGUGGGAAGGAUUUUAGUCUCCGCUAUCAGCAGGAGCUAGAGGAGGAAAUCAACGAACUGUAUGAGAAUUUCUGCAAACACAAUGGUAGCAAGAAUGUCUUCAGCACCUUCCGAACCCCCGCAGUGCUUUUCACAGGCAUUGUGGCUUUGUACAUCGCCUCAGGCCUCACUGGCUUUGUUGGUCUUGAGGUUGUGGCCCAGCUGUUCAACUGCAUGGUUGGACUGCUGUUAAUAGCCCUUCUCACGUGGGGCUACAUCAGGUAUUCUGGUCAAUAUCGUGAGCUGGGCGGAGCAAUUGAUUCUGGUGCAGCGUACGUGUUAGAGCAGGCUACAUCCCAUAUGGGUAAUUCCACUCAGGCCGCUGUGAGGGAAGCGGUUGUUGGGAGGCCACCCGCGGAUAAAAAAGCUCAGUAGCAUCUUCACAAGAGGAUCCGACGAGAACGCAGCCAGCCCCUACCGAUUUCUGGGUUUCUGCCACGGCCACAGGUCCAGGUCCAGAGGAACACAGAUCUGGGAAUCAUCCGGGAAGAGCUGAGACUCAGCAGUAAUAAAUGAACAGACCUUUCCCGUGGCUUCAAAUUCUUACACAUACUUCCAUUUCUGUUGGAAGCGUUUCUUUUCCUUGCUGAUAUAGAUCCAAGCCUGUGUCUGUUUCCUUGUUACUCUGCUUUGUGCACUUUAAAGGGGGAGAAAGCGAAAGGAGAAAAUGCAAAUGUGGUUUUAAAUUCUGAAUGUGCCACUUCGUGCCUUUUAAGAUUGAAUCCAGGCUUUUGAGGACAUGAUAGGGAGGGGAUUGAGGAUAACCUCAUGGAAGAUGCUGUUUUGGGGUGAAACCUGUCCGUUCUUUUUAUACCUUACUCUUUUUAAACAGUUUACAAAACUUGCAAAAGUUUCGGAACAAAAGGCUGAAAACGAUGCCAUUACACUUUUAAAAUCUUACGAUAUUAGAGAAUCCUGUUUGCCAUAUAGUGUGGGAAGAUCGUAUCACGUUGAAGUCCACCGUACCCUGGAAUUUCCAGUCUGUUACCUGACAGGCUAACAGUUUUGGUGGGAUAUACUUUUAUUUUAUUUUUGCCUUCAUUCCUAUAGCUUCUUUCUAGAAAAGAAGCAAACAUGCCUUGAAAAGCCAGAGUGGCUCAUCAUAAAAGGGGUGAGCUUGAUAUUUUAAGAAAAAAGCUUGAGUUUAAGUGAACCAUGUGACCUCUGAUAAGUCACUUGAACUUGUGCCUUGGUCAGAUUCACUGUUUGUAGGUUUGUAUGCAUAUAUGUAUUAUAUAUAACUCACGGUUAUCAUUUGAGAGGCCUUGUUUUUUCAAGAGUUCUGCAUGAGAACGGAACUUUAUUAAGGAUUAGAGGAAACACGUUACCAAACAUUACUGCCUUUAGUUGAUGUCCUGUUCUUGUGGCCUAGCAGUAAAUCAGGUCUUUAUCUAAACCAUUUGUCUUUUCCUAUGCACUAAGAUUUUUAAUAACGAAGCUACUAACAUUGUCAGUUUUGUUUAGUGAGUCAUCCUGUAGCUUUAAAAUAGCUUUGGCUUAGUAGGGACCAAAGUCCUACCCAAAUGUGGACAGUAUCUAGAAGUAUCCACGAAACCUUUAUUUACCUUGUGUGGUAAAAAACACCUUAUCUAUUAGUUGCCUUUUCCUUGGAUUUAUAAUGGUGAAUUGUACAUUUUAAAACUUCAUAAAACUUGCCUGCAAGUAUUUAUAUAAACAUUCAGGUCUGAGAGCCUUAAUUCUUAAGAUAUUUCUUGUUUUGGGGGGAGAUAGGGAAGGCUUAGGCCAAAUCCAAGUGUAGGUUCUAUAUACGUGAAGUCUGAACGGAAGGCACAAAGAAGUCUCGUGUGGCAUGUAAUCUCUUUAUCAAGGAAGCUUCUUUUUAUUUCUUUGAUGCCUCACCACUGAAGCAUUUUUAUAAGUCCUGAACUAGUUCCAAGCAUGUUGUAUGUUUCCAUAUUUAUACACCAUCUUAUCCUGAAGUUCUUGCUAUUUUUUUCAGUUGCCAUUAAAUUUUAGGAAAGUUCCAGCUUGUUCUGAAAACUGUCUACUUGCAUAUCAGUGAUGCUUAGUUUUGACUAUUAAAUCGAAAGCUUCUCUUUGAAAUUUUGGUGCAUAUCAGGUGGCCCCUCAUUUUCCUGAAGGUUUGUCCUUACUAGCGAAAGGCCUUACACAUGUUGAGAUACUUGGCUUUUAAUGCAUUGUAGAAGCACAUUUAUAGUUUUCAGAAUAAUUGUCUAGAACGAUGCUUUUAAUGAGAAAAGGAUGAUGUGUCUAAAACUUAUUUUAAUCCUAAAGUACUAGAAAUUUUAAAAUAAAUAUAUCGUGUGAUUAGUGCAGUCUUACUAUUAGUUAACUGUUUAAGUCACCAUUUCUGUUUUGACCUUAAAGAAAUAAUUUGGCUUAAUUGCCCUGGGGAAGCCUUAUUAUUUUUGUUUUUAUUAACUUACUAUGCCUCUGGAGCGUGUUUAUAAGGUUUUUCUCAAUGAGGAUCCUUAAUGAGUUUUCUUUGGCCUAUUUUUACAGGAAGUUGAUGGUUUUAUAUCAUCUUUUUCAAUACAAGAUGCAUUCUCAUUGCUGGCUUUAAAUAGUCCUGGGAGAUUUAUAAUCAGGUUGAAAGGAAUGUCUUUUACCUCUUAACUUCCCUCAGCCUUUAGUUUGUGGGUCGGAGACGUUGAGGAGGGAUAGUUCAGACUGAAAGCGUUGGCUUGGCCAUGUUGCUCUGCCCUCCCUGGCCAGUCUUCCCACACAGGCGAUUUUUGUGUGCUCAUUUCAAAUGGUUACACGGGGCCUAUUCCUGUUAACGUAUAAAAGGAGGUUUUCAGAAUUUCGAUGAAAAGUAUUCAGGGAAAAAUGUUUCUUCAUUUUUUUUAAUACUUCCGAUUAGCUUUUUACGGUAAAAAUCAUAGAGUCAAUUUCAAUUCUUUCACGAAUAAUCUAAUGAUCGUGUAUGAUGGUAAGCAUCUUUUGGAGUCCUACCGUAUUUUAGCAGUAUGCCAAGCAGUCUGUUCUGUGGAGGUUUGUGUAUUAAUGCCUGCUUUAUACUUGGUAAAAUUGUCUAUGAAUACUGUUUCACUUUAUCUGUUCUUUCUCUUUUAACGUGAAGUUAGGCAAACAAAUAAACUGCCUUGUUACUGGCAGUGUGUUUCCUUAGCAGGUCAUAUCCAGUGUUCUACCUGGCUCAUAAACAUUUUAUUUUUUUUCUAGAGUUUUUUUUUUUAAUAAUUUAUAUGGAAAUCUUCAUAGGACUUCUCCCCCCCCACCCCACCCCCCAAUAGAACUAUUGAAAUGUAAUUUAGGGUGAUUUAGGAUGGCUACCAUGUAAGGUAGCCAGAAUGGGCUACAUCUUUCUGGCUUACAUUUCGAUCUGACAAAAUUUUAGUCAAGGAAUAAGGGCAUAAUGAAGACAAGCUUCAGUCAUGCAAGUACAAACCAUGUAUAUAAGUGAUUUUUUUUAAAUCACUUUAAGAAGUCCAUUGUAUGAGACCAUUUGCUGCAAUUGAAUAGUGUUCUUAUGUCCUGUUACAGUUAUGAUUUGGCUCUCAUCUGCCUUGGAGUGCAUAAGACUUGCUUGGGAGGCUUGUUUAAAAACAUUCAGAUUCCUGGCUUUAUGUCAGGGAUUGCCUCAGGGGGUCUGGGUUGUGGCCCUGGAGUCACCACUUUGAUAAGACAGUAUUGCAGGUGGCUCAGAGACCAGCGAGAGAGACCGCUCCAUGUGAUGGGGAAGUGCAAUUCAGUAUUGUCUGGAGGCGAGUGGACAGACAGCUUUUACCGAAGGCUCACAAUACGAUACGUGGUCUGCCGCCAGAGACCCUGGCUGAGAGUUUCCCACGUUCAGAGUAAUAAGGGGGAUAUCUUUCAUCUAGAGGAUCGUCCAGGCUCCUUAAAGCUGUUGUAAAUCAGGAUGUCAUAGUGCCUUCUCUGAAAAAUGAAUGUACACGUGUCCUAUUUACUAACAAGUGUAAUUAGGAUUUUGAAAAAACUAUUUUGAAAGUUGUUUUUCUUUAAAAACAAAAUUCAGCACUUUGACUUGAACCCCUCAUCAUUCCUGUACAGAAAACCUUAAGCCAUAAAUAAUAAUAAUGAAAAGGAAGGAGAAAACAACUUUGAAAAUUAGUGACAAAAGUGCCCCAUAUCAGGAACUUCUCAAAGUUCUAGGUCUAAAAGCAGGAAGUUUUCAAAAGAAAUUUUUCCUCCCUGGGAAGAAAUUUCAUGUGCCAGAACUAAAAUUUAAAUGUAGUGCUCUUAAUGACCAAGGGAAGGUUGCAUUUGAUUCUCAAAGCUUUCUAAUCUAGAUGGCUAAAUGCUGCCAUGGACUUUAGCCUUAAAAGGUCAAUAUUAAUCCUGAGCAUAUACAGGUUUUCUUCUCAGAGUUCUUUUUCUUUUCUUUAAAAAAUGAUUUGUUGAAAAUACUUUCUCCUAGACCCUUGCCUUUGAAUGGCUUUAAAGUUUAAUAUACUUUUUAAAAAGUGCAAUGGGAUGAGAUUAUGCUAUUAGUUUCUUAAAAGCAUGUUUUCUGUUUCUUAGUUGUAAGGUCAUUUAAUUGAAUAAAGAUCAUAGCACCA